AGGGGCCGGAGAACCCCCCCGCUGAGAUGCGGCGCAUUUCGGCCCCCUUUACGCACACACGGGAAGCCUCUUCCAGGAUGGAAGGCAGCCCCGGAAACCCAGACGGAGGAGGGGGACCCAGGCAGGCCGGGGAAGAGUUCCCCUUGGGGAGUCGUGGGCGCGCGGGGUCGCCGGCUUGGGAGCGUUCGGGGCGCAGAGUCCGCUCGGGGAGCCUGGCGGCUGGGGCUCCACGUGCAGCCUUGCUUCCAUCAUGAGUGCAGAGCUCAAUGUCCCCGUGGACCCUUCCCCGCCUGCUUGCUCCGAACCAGGUAAUAAAGGGAUGGAUUAUCGGGACUGGGUUCGUCGAAGCUACCUGGAGUUGGUCACUUCUAAUCAUCAUUCAGUUCAAGCCCUUUCUUGGAGGAAGCUUUACCUGAGCAGGGCCAAGCUCAAAGCUUCCAGCCGGACGUCUGCCUUGUUGUCUGGAUUCGCCAUGGUGGCCAUGGUGGAGGUGCAGCUGGAGAUGCAGUACCAGUACCCGCAGAUGCUGCUCAUCGCCUUCAGCGCCUGCACCACGGUGCUCGUGGCCGUGCACCUCUUCGCCCUGCUCAUCAGCACGUGCAUCCUGCCCAACGUGGAGGCCGUGAGCAACAUCCACAACCUGAACUCCAUCAGCGAGUCGCCCCACGAGCGCAUGCACCCCUACAUCGAGCUGGCCUGGGGCUUCUCCACCGUCCUGGGCAUCCUCCUCUUCCUGGCCGAGGUGGUGCUUCUGUGCUGGAUCAAGUUCCUCCCUGUGGACUCGAUGGCCAAGGACGGGCCUGCCGCCAAGCUGGCGCCCAGCAGCCACACGGGCUGGCAGGCGGCGCUGGUGUCCACCAUCAUCAUGGUGCCGGUGGGCCUCAUCUUCGUGGUGUUCACCAUCCACUUCUACCGCUCGCUGGUGCGCCACAAGACCGAGCGGCACAACCGCGAGAUCGAGGAGCUGCACAAACUGAAAGUGCAGCUGGACGGCCACGAGAGGAGCCUGCAGGUCGUGUGAGUAGCGCACGCGGGGGGGGCGGGGGGCACCUUUGUCGGGGGCAGAAGAGCUGGCAAUAAAGCCGACACCUGGCGCACAGGACCCGAGCGUCCCUUGAGUUUUUCAGAAUUGUCAGAAUCCACGGGGUUAAUUCCCGUUUCUCCGAGGCUGCUUAGACACUGCCGAAUCGAUCCAGACCAAAAUGUUCUUGUCUCCAUACUGUGUGCUGCUCUGUGGGAGAUGAUCCUCGAGAUGGCGCAAGUGUUGUAAGACGAGGAACCGUCGCCGGGAGGCGAAGAGGCCGGCCUCCCUAGGCCUCCCUGGACCUCGGCAGAGGGGCCCUGGGCUUGAAAGAGUGGCCCAACACGGAGGCGGCCGGACACUCACCCCUUUCCUAUGGAUCGAGCGCAGGAGAGCCCAGGAACGGUCCUGGAGCUGAGCCUCCUUGCCUCUUGCUAUAGCCUCGACCCCACAGGGAGGGAGGGAGGACAGUGAGGAUUUGUUCCGAGCCCUCAGAGAAGUCGUCUUCUGCGGAGACUGAGAAGACGGGCUCUGAGCGCAAGCAGCGUAAAGCAUCUGGGGCUGCGCAUCUGCCAUCUGCUCUCUGGCCCGUGAGUCAGCCGUGAGGGAGGGGAGGCUCACUCCCUGGGCCUCGCCAAAGCUGCCAAAGGUCUUUUCCUUUUACCCCAUGUUCCCUGGCAUGUCCUGCUCUCUCCUGGACUGGUAGCCCGCUGCUGCCCCAUGGCGUGUGCAGAUCACCCUGGGCAAACCUCCUAAAGCAUUCUUUUCCCUGGCUUUGGGGAAGACGAGCCACUGGAAGACCUCGCGUUGGACCAGAAAACUGCACUGGGUCCCCAGAGUAGGAGAGAACGCGUGCCUCCCUUCCCCAGGCCCCAGGCCGGCCACGUCUGACCUCUGGGAUGGCGCUCCCAGGGUCCCGUUCCUGCUCUUCAGAUCACAGGCUCUUCCGAGUUAGAGGGAAGGUCCGUCUGAGGCUGCUGAGACCGAGACCUGCCAUCGACCUGACCGGCUCUCGGUUAAGAACUCAGGAGGGCUCCUCUGGGGGAGUGUUUCAGUGGGCUCCAGGCUCGGGGCCAGCUUGAUCCCCUCUUCCCCAUCCGAGGCUCGCCAGCCCUUGCUCGGCCCUGAUUGGCUUUACCCCCAGUUUGAACCCCUGAAACAUCUCAUGAAGACCUGAUCCUGGUUUCUCCUUUUGACAGAGAUGCUCACCAAGACUUCUUCUGUGAUCAUGUCAAGCGUGAUGACCUUAAACAGAAUUCUUAACCUGGAAUACUCAGAUACCUUAGAGACCAUGGCGAGGCUUUAGGGGUCUAUGAACUUGGAGGAGAAGAAAUUACAUCUCUGUUUUCACUAGCCUCUAACUGAAAUGUAGUGUUUCAUUCCAUUAUAAAUUAAAAAAUAAAUGAAUUCUGGGGCAGCUAGGUGGCUUACUCAGUGGAUAAAAUGCCACACCUGAGUUCAAGUCUGGAUUCAGACACUUCCUAGCUGUGUGACCCUGGGCAAGUCACUCCCCCCCCCCCCCCAUUGCCUACCUAGCCUUUAUGGCUUUUCUCCCUUAGAACCAAUUCUUAGUACCACUUCUAAGACAGGCAGGGCUUAAAAUAAAUAAGUUCUUUGGAGUUCUUAGGCUGGACCAGAUUACUCAAAGGAGAUCAAACCAUCCACAGGGAUACUGUGAUCACCAGCCCAUUCCCCAUCUCCCCACCUCUAAGGAAAAGAGAAUGCACAGUGGGGGAACACGUAUUUUGGGGUGAGUCCUUUUCAAUUCAGAAGUGGAAUCAAGUUAAACUUUUUGAAAAAGGAAGAAUCGAUAUGGCCUUGUACCUCAGUUUCCCCGGUGACUAUGGCCAGGUGAUUGUGUGUGUGUGUGAUCCUGGAGGCAAAAGCUCUUGAAUGACCUUUAUUGCCCCAUCAGGAAGUUUUUGCUUGUUAGGAUAGUGGAGUUCCCCAGGGCCCUUCCUGAAGCUAUUUUCUCAUCUCUAAUGACAACUUUCUAGAACUUUGAAGAUCCUGUGCUAUCUCGAAGGCCUAUUUUCAUCUUCCUGGGAGGUGACAUACUCUUGCUGACAGUAUUCAAAACAUAACCUUGAAAUAGGAAGAACUUUCCUGGGAUGCAUGGAGGGAAUUACUAAGAGAAGUUCUUGCUAUGAUGUUAACGACAGGUCAUGACUUGAAUUCAGUCCCUCAUCCAGGUAUAGAAAUGACCCUGAGUUCUUGACGGCUGUAGCAGCAGUGGAGUGUAAACACUGCCAGCGCCGUGCCAGCUAAGGGCACAGCAGUGGGCACCACCUGAUGGCAGGAGGCCAUGGCAGCCACGGAGGGUCCUAGAAAUUCCAUCCCAUUAAGCUGAAGAUAAACCUUGAAAUACUUUUCCAAUGCUUUCUCUGCAUGGUGCUUAGAUGUUUUCUCUUUAGUAUGUUUCUGUUGCAUCUCUGUUCGUUAAUCUUGUUGGAUGGGCCAGAUUUACUCUGUAAGCCCUGUCAGAGUGUCUAAGCGGAGCCCGUGCACCAAGACAGCUUUGCAUUUUGUGAUGGGAUGCAUGAAGCAGGCGUGGUUUCUAGGGCAGUUGUCUUUUGGAGGCGUCCCCAUCCCAUUGGCCGUCUCCCAUCCUCUCAGAGUUCUAAGAUGCCUCUUCCCCAACACAAUCCAGUGGUGAGGCCGGCCCCAUUGCCUCCUGCAUUUUUCUAGAACUCCUGGCAGUGGACGAGAGGUUGAGCUUUUAACACUCUCCUCUGGUAUGGCCAGAGUGGUCCUAGGUGCUAUGGAAAGGACUUUCAGGAAAAAAACAUCCAUUUCCCUAUUCAGAGCAGUUGUUCUUAGAUUUCUGUCUGUCUAGGCUUGACUUGGACGCAGUUAAGAAACAUGGACCAGGUGCAACACAUGUUGGUAAAGGAUCACCUCCUCCACCAAGCAGGGCCAAGGAAUGAGGGCGCCAUAUUGGUCUCCUGCAGGCCUUAGAAGAGCCCCGUUCUUUGUUCUCUUUUGUCCAUGGUUCUCAGGGUGUUGUUCAGAGGUGAUAAAGAGCUGAUAUGUCGACAGCUAUGACAGCAUAUGGAAUCCAGUGGAGCAGAAUCUAGAGAACCAACUAAAAGGAUAAAUAGAGCAAGCAAAUUAGGUUGCAAACCAGAAAAAGCAAAUCUGAAAAAACAAAAUGGAGGAGGAAUCUUGUGCUCUUCAGGAUGAGUUUCCAAAAGCUGGAUGUUGUUUAGGGAGUCUCACAAGAAUUACUUCAGUAUAAUGGACGUUGGGCUUGGUGAGUGCUUGGGCCUGACACAUAGCAAGGGCUUAUGUGUACUAAUGGGCUGAUUGACCCUUACAAUUAUUCCCUAACUUCUCGAGGCCUUGGAUGCUCUGGAGGCUCAGGACUAUUGCCGGGUCCCACUCUGGGGAACUUGGGGAUCUCCCUGCACUCAUUCUUCCUAAACUCAAAUCCAGGCCCAGAUUCCCUGAGGCACAAGGAGCAGGUUAACCUAUUAUUUUCUAAUUAAUUCCUUGCCACUAGAGCACUUGCUUCGUCCUAUCCUUCAUGGUGCUUUUAAAACUUUAGGACUCUAAAUAUUUGGAGAUGACUCCGAAUAUAGAGCACCUCCAUUUGGUAUUUGUCAGUGUUUCAAAAUUUACUUGUCCCUAUUUUAGUCACUGAGAAGGCCAAACAUUUUUAAACACCCGGAGAAAAAACCACGUUUUCUAAUGAGGUCUCAUUGAUUGAACUUGAGGGGCAUUGCGGUGGCACUUGGACCUGCUUUGGGUGGCUUUGGUCUUUAUCAAUGCAUGGAAAUUAUGUAAGGCAUAUGUACUGUACAUAAUCCCUCUCUCCUGUGGGCUGAAUAAAUAACUGAAGCUAUAAAAA